AUGACACAGAUGACGCUACCCAACCUGCUGUCCACUCUCACGGAAUCUUUGCAAAACUCGUCGUCCUCAUUUCCAGAUCCAGGUGGUCUCGCUGCCCCAACUGACGGAAUAUCGCUGUUCGACACUAAGAAUGAACUACUCCUCGCCUAUUUGCAAAACCUCGUUUACCUCAUCAUUCUCAACCUCCGAAAUACGAAACAAGCGACGUUGCAGAUACAAGGCGAAAACCCAAUCGAGGAUGUCACUAAGAAGCUAAUCGAGCUCCGAGUCUACCUUGAGAAAGGCGUCCGUCCACUUGAAGGCAAACUGCGAUAUCAGCUCGACAAGCUACUAGCAGCUGCUUCCGAAGCUGACACUGCUAAUAACCAUCGAAAUACAAGUGCCCUACCUCCAAGGGCACUUGAUGACCAGGACUCUGAUUUCGAUCCCCAUCCACCAUCGCUACCAAUCUCCGAGCUCUCUCAUCGCCCCAACCCUUCCGCCUUCGUCCUCCCCUCCAGCAAAGACUCCUUUGCCCGCCAAGAGAAGGACGAGAUCUAUAAGCCUCCACGCAUAACGCCCACCUCUCUACCUACCACUGAGCGGAAAGCUGAGCGUACACGACGCCCGCGACGCUCUACGGCUGUUGAUGCAUUUAUUAGAGAGGAAAUGACAGACGCGCCAGUCGCUGAGCCAAGUAUUGGCGCUGGAAGCAAGUUGCGAGGAAAGGAGAAGGAAAGAGAGGAUGAGAGAAGGGAAUACGAGGAGCAGAGACUUGUGAGAUUGCCUGGGGAGAAGAAGAAGAAACAAAGACGGAUUGGCGGUGGGGCAGAGGAAUUGGAUGUUGGGGGCUUUGGAGCCUUGGAGCAGAUUGAUUUUGGAGACACAAAGGGAAGGAAGAAGAGGAGAGUAGGUGGUGAUGGUGCAUUUAAAGGGAUGGGCGGGAGGCCAGGAGAGCGGUGGGAGAAGAGGGUUGCUAAAGGUCCGAAAAGAAAAAGGAGGUAG